AUAUAUAUAUAUAUAUUGGCAAGGUCCUGUAAGUGUCGUAAUACCAUCUUCUACGUCAACAAGCUCUGUUGUUCUCAUCUUUUUUUUUUUUCCUUUGGCUUUUUUGGCUGCAGACUUCUGGGUCAUCCUCCUUGAGUCAUUUGAAGGGUGAGGUGUUGUGCCCCAGAACUUUUGAUUGAUGGGUGAAUUGGUUGGACCUCGCCUGUAUAGCUGCUAUAAAUGCAAGAAUCAUGUUUCGCUUCAUGAUGAUAUAAUUUCCAAGGAGUUUCAGGGAAGAAAUGGGCGAGCCUUUUUGUUCUCUCAUGUGAUGAACAUUGUUUUGGGAGUUAAAGAAGACAGACAGCUCAUGACUGGUCUACACACAGUUGCCGACAUACAUUGUGGUGAUUGUCAUGAGCUAUUAGGGUGGAAGUAUGAGCGAGCUUACGACUCAACACAGAAGUACAAGGAGGGAAAGUUCAUUCUGGAGAAGUCUAAAAUUGUAAAAGAGAAUUGGUAGCACCGUAAGAUGAUCUUGCUUAGUUUUAUUUUCAACGCCCAAAGGAAUUGUUGAUUCUUUGUGAUGUUGAAGAAAAGUUCAGAAGUUGAUACUUGUCAGCAUCUGAAUCUGAGAAUUGCUACUUCUUUUGUGUCUUGGAAUUCAUUGAACAUGUAAUACCCUUGUCUCAAAAGCCUAUAUUUGUUGUUUCA